CCGGCCCUGUGCUGCCAACGCUCGCCCACCGUCCCGGCCUUCGCCUCCCCGGCCCCCACGCACGCCUUCUGUGGGGGCCACCAUGUUCCUGCCCAGGCCUGGAGACUAAUCUCCACCUCGCACUGUCUCCGGUGGAGCCCAGGGGCCCACCCCGGCCCAGGAGGCCAGCCCGGGAAUCAUUAAUGAAAGUCCGGGACAUGGCGGAAAAGGAGGGUGGUCGGAGGGUGCACUGUUGCUCGGGACCCAAGGUGGCUGCGCUGGCGCUGGGGACGCUGCUGCUCCUCACAGCCAUCGGGGCGGCAGCCUGGGCUGUUGUGACCCUGCUCAGCACUGAUCAGCAGCCCCUGUACCCAGUGCAGGUCAGCCCGGUGGACGCGCGCGUCACGGUGUUUGACAGGAUGGAGGGGACGUGGCGGCUGCUCUGCUCCUCCCGCUCCAACGCCAGGGUGGCGGGCCUCAGCUGCGAGGAGAUGGGCUUCCUCAGGUCUCUGGCCCACUCUGAGCUGGACGUGAGGACUGCAGGUGCCAAUGGCACGUGGGGCUUCUUCUGCGUGGACGAGGGCCGGCUGCCCCACGCCCAGAGCCUGCUGGACAUCAUCUCUGUGUGCGACUGUCCCAGAGGCCGCUUCCUGUCCACUGUCUGCCAAGACUGUGGCCGCAGGAAGCUGCCUGUGGAUCGCAUCGUGGGCGGGCAGGACAGCAGCCUGGGCCGGUGGCCGUGGCAGGUCAGCCUGCGUUACGACGGGACGCACCUGUGUGGGGGGUCCCUGCUGUCUGGAGACUGGGUGCUGACCGCUGCCCACUGCUUCCCAGAGCGGAACCGGGUCCUGGCUCGGUGGAAAGUGUUUGCGGGAGCCGUGGCCCAGGCGUCCACCCAUGGUGUGCACCUGGGGGUGCAGGCCAUCAUCUACCAUGGCGGCUACCUCCCCUUCCGAGACCCCAACAGCGGCGAGAACAGCAACGACAUUGCCCUCGUCCACCUCUCCGGCGUCCUGCCCCUCACGGAAUUCAUCCAGCCCGUGUGUCUCCCCGCGGCCGGCCAGGCCCUGGUGGACGGCAAGAUCUGCACAGUGACCGGCUGGGGAAACACGCAGUUCUACGGCCAGCAGGCCCGGGUGCUGCAGGAGGCCCGGGUUCCCAUCAUCAGCAACGAUGUCUGCAACGGCCCCGACUUCUACGGAAACCAAAUCAAGCCCAAGAUGUUCUGUGCUGGCUACCCCGAGGGGGGCGUGGACGCCUGCCAGGGGGACAGCGGCGGGCCGUUCGUGUGUGAGGACAGCAUCUCUCGAACCCCACGCUGGCGCCUGUGCGGCAUCGUGAGCUGGGGCACCGGCUGCGCCCUCGCCCAAAAGCCAGGGGUCUACACCAAAGUCAUCGACUUCCGAGAGUGGAUCUUCCAGGCCAUCAAGACUCACUCCGGAGCCAGUGGCAUGGUGACUCAGUUCUGACCCGCGGCGUCUCUGUGCUGCCCGUGCUUCCGGCACCCGUGCGCGAUCAGAGCCACGCGGGGCCC